GCGCAUACCGCAGCAACAAGAGCUGUGGCGGUUAGGCCAUCAUCGCGAUUACAGGCUUACAGCACCCUCAAGAGGGAGUACAGCUCGGCGUCUCAGAAGGAUGCGAACUUGCCGCAGCAGACGGACGUACUGGACAGAUACCACAGCCUGGUUACUCUGGGGAAGAUAAAGUACGACCAGGAGCAGGUCCGCGUGCUUAUGCAGCUCAGAAGGCUGCACAAUGAAUUGGUGGACUAUGCGCCUCCGGCGUUCUCGCAGUCGCUCAUACACGCCAAGACCGACCAUGACGGGCGCUGGUGGGCGAGUUCAUCUGAAGAAGCGGAGAUUGAAGUGGACGCUGGAGCGUUGGUUGCUGUCAAGAGCCUUGCGGAGGAGAUGCGUGCUCUCACCACGCCAAAGGGCAUGCUCCUUACGGGCCCUCCGGGAUCGGGCAAGAGCUUCCUUGUUAACAUGUGGUACUCCACUAUUCCAGCUCGGCACAAGACUCGCAAGCACUACAACGAACUCGUCCUCGAGAUCUACCGCGCAGUCUGGGUGGAGACACAGCGGAGGAUGGCCGCACAGUACGGCCCUGAUCGGCCAAUCACGACCAGCGCGCGCGGCUGGAACAGCACGAUACGCGAGAAGUGGCGCGAACUCGCCGCCUCGGGCCUGCUCCCCGUCAAGUCGCGCAGACCGAUGGGCGGCGGUGUGAGCUUCGAGCUCGCGGGCGGGGGCCGCGAGCCGACGAUCGCAUUCUCUGUUGCGAGACGGCUGCUGCUGCGGCACUGGCUGCUGGUCUUUGACGAAGUGCAGCUUCUGGACGUCUCGAGCGCGGGCUUGCUUGCGGAUGUGCUCACCUGGUACUGGCGCAUGGGCGGCGUUGUGGUCGGCACUUCAAAUAAAGUGCCGGAUGAUCUUUACAAGAACGGCGUGCAGAAGGACCGGCUGGAGCCUUUCGUGGAAGCCUUCAAAGUGCGGUGUCCGGUAGUCUCCUUGAUAUCCGAACAGGACUGGAGAGUCGUUCGCGGGGCCGGUGCUGAGAAGAAGUCGUGGUUUGUUCCGGGGCAAGAAAAGGCUUUCGAAGCUGAGCUGGCAAAAGUCGCGCCAAAGGACAUGGGAUCAGAAUCCAAGACCAAAGUAGUCAGCAUCUUCGGGCGAAUACUGAAUGUCCCCUGGUCCUCCGAUGGCGUCUGCAAGUUCACAUUCGCGGAACUCUGCGAAGAGUCAUUAGGCCCAGCGGACUAUCUCACCCUGGCGUCGAAUUACCAUACCGUCAUAAUCACUUCCAUCCCCAUCCUCAAGACUGCAGCCAAGAACCAAGCGCGGCGCUUUAUCUCCCUUGUUGACGCUUUGUACGAGGCACGCUGCAGGGUGAUAUGCCUCGCUGAAGCACAACCCGAUGCUCUGUUCUUCCCCGACGCUGUCACGGCAGCUCAAUCCUCGGCAGUGCAUGACGUAGACGCAGUGCAUGCCGAGAGCAUCUCUGAAACGCGCGAAGCCUACCGCCCCAACGUUUCGUCAUACGACGCACGAGCAACCCCAGAAACACCGUCGCAGGCUACGGCCAUGGAUCUGGACAACAUGUCCAUUUUUUCCGGUCAAGAAGAACGCUUCGCAUUCACCCGCGCCGUCUCGCGCCUCAUCGAAAUGUCGAGCACCUCCUACAACCGCGAGGAGCAGUGGACGCCGCUCCCGCAGAGCUCGCGGCAGUGGGAGGCGGAGGUCACGCGCCGAGGCGACUACACGAGCUCGGCGGACCCAUACGUGCGCUCCGAGAGAGAGGACGACGAUUUCGCGGAGGAGGCCUCUCAUGGAAACGUGGCGCCCCUUCCGGACCCGCCCCGGCUGCGACCUGACCAUGUGUGGGGCGUCAGAGAGGACUGGGGUGAGAAAGCCAAGGUGUGGGGUCAGGGGGCGAAGGCGUACGAGUCGGAGCGUAAAUAGCGGAAUUGUUGACAGACUCGACGUUCUGAUAUCAC